UUGAAGACUUCGUUCUGCUUCUUUGUUGUCAAAUUCUUAUCUGCAGCAUUGAAUCAUUCUCCUUAACUAAGCUCUUCUUUUGGAACUUCAUGUGUUGAUAACUUAAUCCCGACCGCUCACAUCGUUUCAAAUACCUUUACCAGUUAAACUUCAAGUGUCAAUUGCGCGCGGCUAUCCGAAGGGAGCUCUGAAAACUGACGAAACGAAAAGUAAACAAUAACUUCACCCACUGUCAUCGGAAUCGGAAUUUACCAAUUCUUUGGAUAUAAAACGUCGGACAUAUAAAACAAGAUGGACUACUCAAAUAUUUUUCGCUUGGUCAACUUGGCCAUUGGUGUUAUUAUGGUGCUCGGCGGGAUUUCGCAAUUCUUCGCUGAUCCCAAAUUCCGGAAUAUAAUCAUCGGCAUUUACGUUAUUCUAUUCGGGUUAGCCACCGGUGCCCUCGAACUCGUCCCGAAUGUCCCAACGCAGAUCACUAGACACACCUCCUUCAUGUUCUCGUUUAUCGGAAGAGGAAUCUUCUACAUCUUUGUUGGCUGCAUUAUCCUAGAGCACCACGUUUUGCGCAUCAUCGCUGGCUCGAUCGUUGGAAUUGUGGGCGUGGCCUAUGUGGCGCUUGAGUACAUCCCCUCAAUUGAACCUCCUCAGAACAUGCGAGAGGCAGAACCUGCAUGGGGUGCGGAGCAGAUCUAAACCCAUAAUAAUCUGUUAACACCACGAUUCUCCCCCGGCUACUGGUUCAAUGGCAUUCGACGGCCGUGAAAUUAGCGAACCCCAGCAUGGGUCGCCUUUAUCAUGCAUGUUUUGAAGGUGGCAAUGAACCUUUGCACGAUCCGAUUACCGACGAGGUGGGCUUGGACUGGGAGGUCACGUCCUUCACAUGCCCCGUUGCACUCCUCCAUUUGUGGCAACACAAAUGAUACUUUGGCCUUCAUGCCCUCUUUUCUUUUAAUUAGCCUUUAAGAUAAGCUGAUAACGUCCAUCUUCGGCUGAUGAAUGCUAUCUUUUCCACACUGUACUUUAAAAACGAUUUCAAAAUAUACUUAUUUGUUGUGUC